AUGUCUACGCAUAAAAGGUAUUUAAGUGACAAAGAACCCGAAGAGAUUGUAAGACGCUAUGAAAGAGGGGAAGAGGAUAGUGACUGUAGUAAUAAUGACUUGGUUGAUAGUGGAAGUGAAGCUGAACAUCGUGAGGAGGAAGAACAAGUGAAGACGGACGAAAUAGUGUAUCAGCCUACUAAAGACGAGUGA